UAUGUCACGGGUAGCACUCUCUAAGUCUCGAGCAGAGAAGACACGACUCCCAGCAGUCCCAGUUCCCCAUGUAGUGGUUGAGAUUGUGCCAGGUCGCUUCACAGAAGCUGACUGGGCUUUCAUGAUAGCAGAGGAGGAGGGGGAGGAGAUCAUCGCAGAGCUCAUGGAUGAUCUGAUGACAAAAGUGAUGGAUGAAUGCUAUAAAGUAUACCUUGUGCGUCAGCUAAUACCGUUCACUAUAGCAGAAGCAAGAGAUGCUCUUGUUCAGAUUAUUGAAUGGCGCUUUUUGGUGCAUGAUGAUGGAGACACAGAUAUCUCAGGACAUGCAAUCUGGCAGCAAGACGAAGAACCACAACCCUGUAUCACAGAUUCAUGGGCACAAGGGUCAGUGCCUGUUAUACGAACUGGUCUCACUGCAAGGGAAACUAAUACAAAGAUUUUUUCAGAAGAGUCAUAUGAAGAUGUGCUGAAGAAGAAAGAUGCAACAGAAGUAAAGACAAUGCAAGGUAAUCCGGGUUCUCAUCAGAAGGCUGUUCAGGAGGACAUGAUGAAUGUGAUUGACGUUUCCCCAGUUGAAAUCUACCAGUUCAAAGAAGAGUGUACAAAGACAGAGAAGUCAGCAUCUCUCUCUGGACUUCAAAGGGCUAUUCAUCAGCCAUUACCGCCACCAAAAGACCAAAAGCCAAAGAGAACUUAUAAACCUCAUCGUGGACCUCUACGUUCAGCUGGUCUUAAGGAAAUCACCAAAUCUCUGGAGGACACAGAAAAGGAACUACUGGUUCAACAGCUUUCACAAACUGUCUUGAUGAAAAAAACACCUGUGGAUCCAGAUAGUCUGAAACUGCUGCCACUCUCCUUUCAUAAUCUCCUGAAGAUCCAGCUUGGAAGGCCCCCUCAGAACAAAGAUGUCACCUUUGAUGAAUUUGGAAACAUCACCUCAGUCCCAAAGCUAGACUUCUGUCAUUUGCCAAGGCACUAUAUCAAGCCUCACUUUGAAGUGGUAGAUGUAAAAGUUGAAGCUGAACGACAGAAGCUUGAAGAAAUCCAGGCUGGAGGUCCAGUUUUGCUGAGAACUGGUAGGAGCAAGAAUGUAAUACUCAACAAGUUAGCAAAAAACAUAACCAUGAACAGCAGAAUGAAUUUUUCAGAGUUAAAUAGGAAGCCAACAAACGUAUCAGACUGGCCAUUAAGGAAGGACCAGUCUAAAACUUUAAACCAAAGGUCUAAAACUUUAAACCAAAGGUCUUCACUUUCUGGGUCUCUAACCCAAACAAGAUCAGAUUCAGAUACCUUUAAGUCUGGAAUCCUCAUAAAAUCUAUGCAUCUUGCCCCUGGGGUAGUUCUGAGAGAGAUCCACAAUACAAAAGAUCAUCUUUGGCACAACCUGGCAGAAGAGGAUAAUAACAUUAUAGAGUCAUGGGAAAACCUAAAACCCAUUCUGACAGCUGUGCCACGUCCUGCUAUUAUGGUGGAACAACUAAUUAAAGAUCAUGUUCCGCAAGUCCAUCCCAUGAACAGCUUUCAGUCAUUUUAACUCCCACUGAUAGAACAGUUCCAGAUAAAAUUCUUAUUGACUUUCAAUGCCAUAUAGUUUUGUUUACAUAAUGUAAUAUAGCAGCAGGCACUCUAUUUGUCAUAAUGUGGUAUGGAGAAAUUAUAACUUUAGAUUUACAAAUAAUCUAAAUUUGCAUGUACACACUUUAUGUAUACUUGUAUGGACAUACACAGAUUAGCACAGUGGUUCUCUAGUCUCUGUACAACUGUCAUCCCUAAGAUCCUGGAUGAAAAAAGAAAAGUACAUAUAUUUACCUGA